GGUACUUAAGUCUAAACGUCGAUCAUGUUUCCUAGCGUACUUACCAGAGUGUCUCCCUUGGCUUUGCACACUCGUCCAAAAUCUUUUAAAACUCCUUUUGAAAAUGGUCCUUGAAUCUUUCCCUUAUGACAUCAUUCGUCACAUUUUCUCUCUUCUACAGCAAGGUGGCAGCUUGGGCACUUUAUCCGCUCUCGCAUGUACCAGUCGCUCAAUCCAUGAAAUUGCUGUCGACGCUCUUUGGGAGAACCAACAGUCGCUCUGGCCACUGAUUCUUUUGUCGCCAUUAUCUCUGCUUGAAACGGUUCCUUCACUGUCCAAUCGAAGUCCAAUUGUGCCACAUUGGUUCACAUUUUUUUCUCGAGCUCUACACUGUUCGACAUGGGAUAGGGCACUUCAUUACGGUUCCCGCAUCAGGCGGAUCUGCUUCAGCGGAAUCUCUCACACCGCAUACAAUACGCUGCUCGCAGAGAGGCCCUCGCCUCUCUUUCCAAAUAUUGCCCAUGAAAGGGAAUCCGACAUACUAUCGCGUCUUCAACUAUUUGUUGAAGGGUCUCCGGGCUUACGAUCCUUGACGGUAAAAUAUUGUCCCAUGGGAGUUCCGGCGUCAGUUCUGGGUGCUGCACUAGGCUGCCUCACAGAAAAGUACUCUAUGCUAGAGCAAAAAUCGUCAGAGAACUUGGGAGGAUGCCUUGCCUUCAAGAGGCGGAUUUCAGUUUACGUCUUGACGCGGACAAGCCUUUCGAGACAAUUUCGCAGGUUUUUGCUCGGGAUGACCCAUAUUCUAGGAGGUUCGGGCGCCCUCAAGAAGCUUAGGCUACGCACAGAAUUUGUGGGGCAUGCCACAGCGGUUUUGGAAAUGAUUGAUUCCCGAUCAAUGCAGGACCUCACGCUUUGGGUGGAUGGACCGGUGUCAGUCCUUGCCUUCUACUCAAUUGCGGAGCUACUGUCUUCCAAUCGCUCAGACAGGUAUCAGCUGAACUUCAUCGACAUCAAAAACCUUAAGUUCAUCGCACAGAAAUAGUUUUGGGAGCCAUCCGACACCGUAAUCCUUGGUCAAGGGACUCCAGUUUCUAUGCUCUCUCCUUUAUUCGCAUUCCGUGCCUUACGCAGCUUCAAGAUCGAUCUCAUCGAUACGGUAGCUGUUGAUGACGCCAUCGGCGGACCGAUGCCAGUGAUUUGCAGAGACGACCUGGAGAUGAUUCCUCAAGU